AAAAAAUUUAUAAGCGAAAACCACGUGAUAAGAAUAAAAGAGGAGCAACAAAAUGGUCAGCGUGAAAGUAGCGUUGGAGAGACUUUACAACGAGUACGCAAUGAAAACUCCAAAAAAGCUGAAGUUGAUAGAUACUUACAUGGGAUUUAUAUUUCUUACGGGCGUGAUACAGUUUUGUUAUUGUUGCCUGGUAGGCACGUUUCCAUUUAACUCUUUCCUUUCGGGCUUUAUAAGUACCGUAAGCUGCUUCGUAUUGGCCGUUUGUUUACGUUUACAAGCAAAUCCGCAAAACAAGAGUGUUUUUGUUAACAUUUCUCCGGAAAGAGGUUUUGCAGAUUUUAUUUUUGCGCACGUAAUUUUGCACCUUGUUGUUAUAAACUUUAUAGGCUAAAAUAAAA